CUUUCCACCGGCAUCAUUUGUGCCGUACAGGGAGGAGGUUGGUGAAGUAUCACCAACUGCAGCUUAUAAUUUUUACAUUUUAUGGCGAAAAAAAAUAAGCCCUUUUGAUUUUCAUCUGAACGGGGUGCAGCUUUGCUUAGGUGUUUGAUGAAACAUUACCUUGACAAGUUACCUUAUGCCCGUCCCUCUUUAAAAAAUGAUAUUUUAGGAUAUUAUGUUAGCUAGUUAUUUGUUGUCAGUGGAGCAAUAAUAGCUGUCAAGUGAAAGGAGACAUUUUUCAGCACGAUUCCGCCCCGUGUCCCCGCCUUAACUCCAGCUAUUCUGGUUGUAUCAAGCCACUACACGAUUCAUCUUCUGAGGAGACAAGACUGACUGCGCAAAAAUGGGGUAUGGAAGGUCGGACAGCUACCGCGUGGCCACCACGCAGGACAAGGAUGAGAAGGAGUCGCCCAAGAAGAAGGGAGGAAAGGAUCUGGAUGACCUCAAGAAGGAAGUUCCCAUAACGGAACACAAAAUGUCCGUUGAGGAGGUUUGCCGGAAAUACAACACGGAUAUCGUCCAGGGUUUGACUAAUGCCAAGGCAACAGAGUACCUGGCCAGAGAUGGCCCCAACGCCCUGACUCCACCCCCCACCACACCGGAGUGGGUCAAGUUCUGUCGCCAGCUGUUCGGUGGCUUUUCCAUUCUCCUGUGGAUCGGUGCCAUCCUCUGCUUCCUGGCCUACGCCAUCCAGGCUGCCACAGAGGACGAGCCCGCUGGGGAUAACUUGUAUCUGGGUAUCGUGCUGUCAGCUGUCGUCAUUAUCACCGGCUGCUUCUCCUACUUCCAGGAAGCUAAGAGCUCCAAGAUCAUGGAGUCCUUCAAGAACAUGGUCCCUCAGCAAGCCCUGGUGAUCCGUGAGGGAGAGAAGAUGCAGAUUGAUGCUGAGCAGGUGGUGGCAGGAGACCUGGUGGAGGUGAAAGGAGGAGACAGGAUUCCAGCUGACCUCCGCAUCAUCUCCUCCCAUGGCUGCAAGGUGGACAACUCAUCCCUGACUGGUGAAUCAGAGCCCCAGACCAGGUCACCUGACUGUACCCAUGACAACGCCCUGGAAACCCGCAACAUUGCCUUUUUCUCCACCAACUGUGUUGAGGGUACGGCGCGUGGCAUUGUUGUGUGUACUGGCGAUCGAACGGUGAUGGGGCGCAUCGCCACUCUCACCUCAGGCCUGGAGACUGGCAAGACACCCAUUGCUAAGGAGAUCGAGCACUUCAUCCACAUCAUCACGGGUGUGGCCGUUUUCCUCGGCGUGAGCUUCUUCAUCCUGUCAAUCAUCCUGGGUUACUCCUGGCUGGAGGCUGUCAUCUUCCUUAUCGGUAUCAUUGUGGCUAAUGUGCCAGAGGGACUGCUGGCUACAGUCACUGUGUGUCUGACACUUACUGCUAAGCGCAUGGCUCGUAAGAACUGCCUGGUAAAGAACUUGGAGGCUGUGGAAACGCUGGGCUCGACUUCCACCAUCUGCUCAGACAAGACGGGCACCCUGACCCAGAACAGGAUGACCGUGGCCCACAUGUGGUUCGACAACCAGAUCCACGAGGCCGACACCACAGAGGACCAGUCUGGCUCCUCCUUUGACAAAAGCUCCCUUACAUGGGUGUCAUUGGCCCGCAUCGCUGCUCUGUGCAACCGUGCUGUGUUCAAGGCUGGCCAGGACUCUUUGCCCAUCCUUAAACGUGAGGUGGCCGGCGACGCCUCUGAGUCAGCCCUGCUGAAGUGUAUUGAGCUGUCCUGUGGCUCCGUCAAAGCAAUGAGAGAAAAGAACAAGAAGGUGGCCGAGAUCCCUUUCAACUCCACCAACAAGUACCAGCUCUCCAUUCAUGAAGUUGAAGAGGAAAAUGAGAACCGUUACCUGUUGGUGAUGAAGGGAGCCCCAGAGAGGAUCCUGGACCGCUGCUCCACCAUCAUGGUGCAGGGCAAGGAGCAGCCUAUGGACGAUGAGUUGAAAGAGGCUUUCCAAAAUGCCUAUCUGGAACUGGGAGGACUGGGAGAGAGAGUACUGGGUUUCUGCCACCUGUUCAUGCCAGAGGACAAGUAUCCCAAAGGUUUUGCAUUCGACACAGAUGACGUCAACUUCCAGACAGACAACCUUUGCUUUGUAGGCCUCAUGUCCAUGAUUGACCCUCCCCGUGCUGCUGUGCCUGACGCCGUGGGCAAAUGCCGCUCUGCUGGCAUCAAGGUUAUUAUGGUGACUGGUGACCACCCAAUCACAGCCAAGGCCAUUGCUAAGGGUGUAGGCAUCAUCUCAGAGGGCAACGAGACAGUAGAAGACAUAGCUGCCCGCCUCAACAUCCCUGUCAGCCAGGUCAACCCAAGGGAUGCCAAGGCUUGUGUGAUCCACGGUACAGAUUUGAAAGAACUCGAUCAGGAUCAGAUGGAUGAUAUUUUGAGGAACCACACAGAGAUUGUCUUCGCCAGAACCUCCCCACAGCAGAAACUUAUCAUUGUAGAGGGCUGCCAGAGACAGGGUGCCAUUGUGGCUGUGACUGGUGACGGUGUGAACGACUCUCCUGCCCUGAAGAAAGCUGACAUCGGUGUUGCCAUGGGAAUCUCUGGCUCAGACGUGUCCAAACAGGCUGCAGACAUGAUUCUGCUGGAUGACAACUUUGCUUCCAUCGUCACUGGAGUAGAGGAAGGCCGUCUGAUCUUUGACAACCUGAAGAAGUCCAUUGCAUACACUCUGACUAGUAACAUCCCAGAGAUCACCCCCUUCCUCUUCUUCAUCUUGGUCAACAUCCCACUGCCUUUGGGCACCAUCACCAUCCUCUGCAUCGACCUGGGAACUGACAUGGUACCAGCCAUCUCUCUUGCUUACGAGGCAGCAGAGAGUGACAUCAUGAAGCGCCAGCCCAGGAACCCACUGAGGGACAAACUGGUCAACGAGAGACUCAUCAGCAUCGCCUAUGGACAGAUUGGGAUGAUCCAAGCUCUUGGCGGAUUCUUCGCCUAUUUUGUCAUCAUGGCUGAAAAUGGUUUUCUGCCAUCUUUGCUUGUCGGCAUCCGGCUUAAUUGGGACGAUCGUUCCACCAACGACCUGGAGGACAGCUACGGGCAGCAAUGGACCUACGAGCAGCGUAAGAUUGUAGAGUUUACUUGCCACACAGCCUUCUUCGUCAGUAUUGUGGUGGUGCAGUGGGCAGAUGUCAUCAUCUGCAAGACCAGACGUAACUCUGUGUUCCAGCAGGGCAUGAAGAAUAAGAUUUUGAUCUUUGGCCUGUUUGAGGAAACAGCUCUGGCUGCUUUCCUGUCAUACUGCCCUGGCAUGGACGUGGCACUUCGGAUGUACCCACUCAAGCCCAGUUGGUGGUUCUGUGCGUUCCCGUACAGUUUCCUCAUCUUUGUUUAUGAUGAGAUCCGAAAACUCAUCCUUCGCCGAAACCCCGGAGGCUGGGUGGAAAAAGAGACAUACUAUUAAAUGAUCAAAGCCUCAUUUAAUUCUCACCCCGUCCUCCCCUGAACUCAUCUCUUCUUCUCUAUCUCCCUUUCUCUUUCCUCUAUCCCCCAUCCAUCCCUCCUCUCCUGUCAAUGUACUCAAACUGUACAAGAAAACUAUGUUUACUCCUCCUCCUCUCCACCCUCCCAUCUUCAUCUCCUAAAGAAACUUAAAAAAUCACGCCAAGUUGACAAGAGGACCAGCGACAGAGGACGAGAGGAUGGGGGGGGGAGUGGGAUUGUAAAUCUUCCCUGUCCUCUCUGUCCCUCUGUUCCCAUUUUUUCUAUCCAAAGUCCGUACAGCACUAGUCUGCCAGUAACACUGUUGUGCCGAUGCUAAUUACAGCACUGAUAGCUGCAGCCACUCUUCACAUGUGUACUCAAACUACACCACUGUGUUGAAGUGAAUAUGAUUACAAGAAUACCUGACUGUUCCACUGCGAUCACUCUGCCAAGCAGAACAACAACACGGCAGCUCCCGUCUAGAUUUGAGCGAGUGGGUGGAGUCUGUUUUUCUUUUCUUUUUAUUGUUUUCGUUAUUUUUUCCUGCCAGAGAAAAUUCACCCAAAUCCAGCUCUUUAAUCACUGCCAUUUCCUGCCAUUGGACUUUACUUCUUUCCCUCCUUUUCUCUCUUUUUAUUUCUAUUUACUCACUGCCAAUCUUCUACUGCCAUUCCCGCUCGCCCCUCUUCCUCCUCCCCUAUCAAUAAAGAAUCAAUCUCACCAUAAAACUUAAACACUCACUCCCUCAUGCCCUCAACAGGGUAGAAAAAAAUCUCCCCUUCUCUUACCCACUCCCUCCUUCUCUGUCUCCCCCAUCCUUUUCCUCCUCAUGUGCUAUUUUCUGCGUGUGUUGUUGUUGUUUUCUAAUAGAUGACUGAGUGUUUUUUAAAAUACAAAACCGUUCAUAAAAGUUUUCUUCUUUUUUAAGUUUGGAGAGUGUCUGAGAGCUGCUUGUUUUCAUUUGGACAUGACAAAGCACACUGUCUCUCCCCCUUCCUCCUCUCUUCCUCUUCUUCCUAUCUCACACCUGCUACUUUACCUCUACUGCCUCCCCCCUCCUCACCCUGCCUGUCUAUCUCUCCCUGUUGUCUGUCUGUUUGUGAACACUGUGCAAACCCUCCGUCCUUGUAAACUUCCACCCACUACCACUAUCUGCCUCCUCUUAGUCUGCCACCCUUGCCCUGCCCACAGCCUCCGCCCUCAACCCCACCCAACCUCACCCAUUAAAAAAAAAAUACAAUCUUUCUGUGUCCUCGGAAAAAAGAGAUUUCUCUACAGUUUCAUUAUUUAAAUCAGUGGAAAUGUGAAAAAAGGCACUGUACCUUAACUUGCAAAACAGCAGCAAAAAAAAAGAAUAUGAAAUAAAAUAGAAGGAUCUCUCUCUUUCA